CGACAAGACAAAAAAUCUAAGCUCAAAAAUGUCAACAACCAAUAGAAAUCAAGGCAUUGACGAUAUCACGAGAUAAGCAAAUUAAAUCUUCAAGUUUUGCAAUUCAUAUGUACGUUAUAAAUACCCAAAAACCUCACCGUAACCUAGCUAUCCAAUUUCAUCACAUCUUAUUAACUAAAGAGCCUUUUACUUGCGCCACACUCUCACCGCAAUGGCCGCCUCGACAAUGGCUCUCUCCUCUCCUGCUUUGACCGGAAAGGCCGUUAAGCUAUCCCCGGCGGCCUCCGAAGUAUUUGGAACCGGCCGAAUCACCAUGCGCAAAGCCUCCAAGCCCACCGGUCCAUCCGGCAGCCCAUGGUACGGAUCCGACCGAGUCAAGUACUUGGGUCCAUUCUCCGGUGAGCCUCCGAGCUACCUCACUGGAGAGUUCCCCGGUGAUUACGGGUGGGACACUGCCGGUCUAUCCGCCGAUCCCGAGACCUUCGCUAGGAACCGUGAGCUAGAAGUUAUCCACAGCAGAUGGGCCAUGCUCGGAGCCCUAGGCUGCGUUUUCCCUGAGCUAUUGGCUAGGAACGGAGUGAAGUUCGGAGAAGCGGUUUGGUUCAAGGCUGGUUCACAGAUCUUCAGCGACGGAGGAUUGGACUACUUGGGCAACCCGAGCUUGGUCCACGCUCAGAGCAUCUUAGCCAUUUGGGCUACUCAAGUUAUCCUCAUGGGAGCUGUUGAGGGCUACAGAGUCGCCGGAGAUGGUCCAUUGGGAGAAGCAGAGGACUUGCUUUACCCAGGUGGGAGCUUCGACCCAUUGGGCCUCGCUACUGACCCCGAGGCUUUCGCGGAGUUGAAGGUGAAGGAGCUCAAGAACGGAAGGUUGGCUAUGUUCUCUAUGUUUGGAUUCUUCGUUCAGGCCAUUGUCACCGGAAAGGGACCGUUGGAGAACCUCGCGGACCACUUGGCUGAUCCAGUCAACAACAAUGCAUGGGCCUUCGCUACCAACUUCGUCCCCGGAAAGUGAGUUUAAUUUGUGAUCGAGUUGUGUGUAUCCGGUUUGUUGCAUCUUGGAAAUGUGAUGCAGAUUUCAUAUCUUGUAAAUUACUUUGUAUGUGUGUGAAAUAUUUAAGAAGCUUUAUGAUAUUGAUGGAUCAGUCACUUACUAUUUACUAAUGUGCAAGAACAUACUUAGACCUAAUUCGGUGUUCACACAACAUAGUUUGGUUCCAAGAACAGAGAUAAUACCAAAUGAUUUGAUCGUACCACAUCAAAGUCCAAACAAGUUUGUUUUUGUUCUUCAAAAUAACUAAAAUAUAUCUCAAAC